AUGUCUAUCCAUGAGGUACGAAUAUUUAUUAUUUACACGAUUUUACUCUAUUUAAGUGACACAUUUGCACUUAAAAUUAGUCUAGAUAAAACUUUCUCCAAAUUAUCGCCAUGGAAGUUGAUUGAUUGGCAAAAAUUGUCAAAAAAUCGCGCCGAUGCUGUUACAUCGACACAUCCCUUGAGACAUCCAACGUGGCAAAUAGAAAUAGAAGCUCCUGGCAUUGACUUGCCUAUUAGACUACUACUCAAAUUCCACAGGGAUGGAAAAAUAACUACUUCCAACCCAAAUAUCGCAGGUCACUGGCAAUACGGACCUUACGGUAUCAUCUACUCCCUAAAUACAGUCAAAGGAGAAGUUUAUCACUUUUCUGCUGAAAUAUGCUGGAAUAAUUACGGAGAAUCUGCAUUUUUUCGCAAGGGUGUGAUAUACUCCGAUCGUAAGGGAAGAUUUAAGUUCUUAUUUCGGCCAGUGCAUGGAAAAUUUUCUGGUAAAUCCAUCAAAAACUCAUGA